AUAUAAGCCUCCAAAUGGCGAAUAUAAGCCCCCACAUGAUAAAUAUAAGCCCCCAUAUGGUGAAUAUAAUGGAUAUAAACAACAUGGUGAUGAAUAUAAAUCUCCUGGUAGUGAAUAUGAACCUCCACAUGAUGAAUAUAACAAUGGAUAUAAGCCUUCAAGUGGCGAAUAUAAGCCCCCACAUGGUGAAUAUAAUGGAUAUAAACAACAUGGUGAUGGAUAUAAAUCUCCUGGUGGUGAAUAUGAACCUCCACAUGAAGAAUAUAACAAUGGAUAUAAGCCUCCAAAUGGCGGAUAUAAGUCUCCACAUGACGGAUACAACCCUUCAAGUGACAAACACAAUCCCCCACAUGACAAGUAUAAACCCCCGUUUGGCGAAUAUAACCCUCCAGGUGGAGGCCAUGAAUAA